AUGGUGUCCAAAUACUCUUCUACACUGAGAACAGUAAAUAUUCAUUCACUGCUGCAGAAUCUCUCAGCACUAAAUACACCUGCAGUGGACGGAGAAGAAGCGACUCUCAGACCUCAGAGACCAGCAACGCUGUUACACUCACUGUGUCAGGUGUACAGAGGAGAGACUGUCACUCUCAGAUGUGACAUACAGGAUGAAGAGGACUCUGACUGGAUCUACAGCUGGAAUAAAGAUGGUUCUGGUGUCAGUAGUGAACAGGAGUACAGAAUCAGUAGUGCUGAAACAUCUCAUGCAGCUGCAGAAAAACCUAAACCUGAACUCACAUCAAGUCGUGAAGGAGCUGUACUGAAAGGAAACUACGUGACUCUGUCCUGUACACUGAAGCCGCAGUCUGCUGGAUGGAAGUUUUACUGGAUCAAACCCACACAGAGCACUGAGACUGAGACUGAAACUGAAACAGACUACUACACUAAAACAUACAGCGCAGUUAGAGUCUCUGAUGGGGGUCAGUACAGGUGCAGAGCUGGAAGAGGAAACCCAGUCUACUACACACACUACAGUGAUGCACUCUGGGUAAAUGUUACUGAGAGUCCUAAAGCUGUGGUGACCAUAAAGCCUGAUAAACAUGUGUUCAGAGGAGAGACUGUGACUCUCAGAUGUGAAAUACAGGGAGGAGGAGACACUGAGUGGAAAUACAGCUGGUAUAAGAAAGAUAAAACAUUUUACCCAUACCACAUAACACAGGAGUUCAGCUUCAGCUCAGUUAUAAAUGAUAAGAGUGGUGAAUACACCUGCAGAGGGAGGAGAAGCAGUGACUCUCAGAGCUCAGAGAUCAGUGAUGCUGUUACACUCACUGUAUCAGAUGCAGCAGAGGCAGUAGUGAGUGUGUCUCCACUGCGCUGGCUGACUGAAGGAGACUCAGUGACUCUAAGCUGUGAGGUUAAACACUCCUCUACAGGCUGGACAUUCAGCUGGUACACAGAGGUUCCCUCCAGAGACAGUCAGGGUUCCCUCAGGUACAGUACAGCGCUCCUCUCAGACAGCAGCAGAGGAUCUGGACGCUCCUACACUCUCAGUCCUGUUACUGUGAAUCACACAGGAGUUUAUAUGUGCAGAGCAGAGAGAGGAGAAUCAGUCUUUCACACACGGGACAGUAACCUACAGCCACUGUGGAUCACUGGUGAAUCUCCUCCAGUGUCUCUGAUCAUCAAUCCCAGCAGAACUCAACACUUUACUGCUGACUCUCUCUCACUGAGCUGUGAGGACCAGAGUGACUCUACUGGAUGGACAGUGAGAAGAUACACACACAGUGAGACAGUGUCUGAUUGUCCUUCAGUUUCAGGAUCUACAUGUAACAUCAGCUUCCUCUCUACAUCACACACUGGAGUUUACUGGUGUCAGUCUGAAUCUGGAGGACGCAGUAAUCCUGUCAACAUCACAGUGCACAAUGGUGAUGUGAUCCUGGACAGUCCUGUCCAUCCUGUGACUGAGGGACAUCCUCUGACUUUACAUUGUUUAUCUCGCAACUCAAAUAUCUCAGUUUCUGGUGUUGAUUUCUAUAAAGAUGGUUCAGUCCUGCAGAAGAAGACUACAGGAGAGAUGACCAUCAGUUCUGUCUCAAAGUCAGAUGAAGGUUUCUACCACUGUAAACACCCAGAGAGAGGAGAGUCACCGAAAAGCUGGGUUUCAGUCAGAGGUCGGUCACAUGCAGAAGCUCCAAUGUCAGUGCUCAGACUGAUCAGUAGUCUAGUGACGGUCUCUGUGUAUCUGCAGCUGACCAUCAUUCUGGCAGUGAAGUGUUACAGAGCUCGCGUUCAGACUGAGGAAGACAACACACAGAACGCUGUUAUAGAGGAGUGAACAAUGGUCAUCUAUAAAAAAAGAGGUUUUGUGAUUGUGAAAUAAUAUUGAUUUGUCACUUGAUAAAUUAUUUUCUCUACACUUUUGUUUUUCUGAAGCCUACACACCUCCUCAUGGGGUCACGAUGGAACUAAUUACAUUGUGUGAACUCAAUAUUAAGGCCUACAUGUUGCUAAUGUCAAAUUCCAAGUAUUGAAUAAAAGAAAAACAAAUAGUAAUAGUUAGUUUUUAUAAUUCGUGAGGCUUGUGCUGUGCUUCUCCAAAAUACCCAGACAAAAGUCACCCAACAUGGCUGUAACUGUGUGUUAUAAUUUUCCAUAUAGAUAUUUUUAAGUACUAACAUAAUCUUGGUUAUCAAUCUUGUUUAAUAUGUUUCAUUAUUAUAAUUGUAAUAAUAAUAAUAAUAAGAUUUUUUUAAUCAUCA